UCUGGCGGAGGAUUCGGAAUGGCGUCGCUUGACAAAGAAGCCUUCAUUCGACGAAUUUCGCGUCUCUACAAGGCCUGGGAGAAUGAUAGUGGAGACCUGUUUCAAGGCGCAGAUGCAUUCGUUUCAACGGUUGGUCAAGACGAGGAAGUUACGUACGCGAAGUCGACGGCUCUCCAGACGUGGUUGUUCGGCUAUGAACUGCCAGACACUUUAACUCUGUUCUGUAAGUCAGAGAUCAUUGUGCUAUCAAGCAAAAAGAAGAAUGAAUUUCUCAAACCCGUCAGUGGUGGAAGCCAUGACGGCAUACCAGAAGUACAACUGCUACUUCGAAACAAAGAUGAUAAUAGCGACAAUUUCAAGAGGAUCUUUGAUGCGGUCAAGAAGAGUGGAGAGGGCAAGAAGUUGGGUAUGUUUCUCAAGGAUAAAUUAGCAAGUGCAUUCAUUAAGCAGUGGAAUGCAGCACUAGAGAAGGAAACAAUAGAAAAGGUAGAUGUAAGCGCUGGCUUUGCUUAUGUUAUGGCUCCCAAAGAUGAUAGCGAGCUGACGGUCAUCAAGCGUGCGGCUCAGUUGUCGUCUGAUAUAUUUGGGAAGUAUUUCAAGACGCAAAUUAUGGAGACAGUCGAUGAAGAAAAGCGUGUGAAGCACAGUCGAUUUGCUGAACUGAUUGAAAAAGCUGCUACUGAGGAAAAGAAAUACACAACAGGAAUGGACCUUGAACAGGUGGAGAUGUGCUAUCCACCAAUUGUUCAGAGUGGUGGAAAGUUUCAGCUCAAAUUCAGUGUUGUUAGUGAUGACAACAAGCUUCACUUUGGUGUCAUCAUAUGCUCGCUUGGCACUCGCUACAAGUCAUACUGCUCUAAUGUGAUUAGAACAAUGUUGGUUGAACCUACUCAGGAGCAGCAGGAUAACUACUUGUUUCUUGUUGAGUUAGAAGAAUUAGUGCUUGACAAGCUAAGACAUGGAGUGAAACUUUGUGAUGUUUACGGGGCGACAGUUGAUCAUGUCAAGGCAAAGAAGCCAGAACUGGAGUCAUGCUUAACUAGGACUAUUGGGUUUGCUAUGGGUAUUGAGUUUCGAGAAAGCUCAUUGAUGAUCAGUGCCAAGACAACAGCUGUUGCUCAGAAAGGAAUGGUAUUCAAUAUCAACUUGGGAUUCUCUGGUUUAACUAAUGCAGCUGCUGUUGAUGAAGCCGAUAAGAACUAUGCUUUAUUCAUUGGUGACACGGUUGUUGUUCAAGAAGGUAAACCAGCCGAAUCACAGACGGCGACGAAAAAACAGAUCAAGAACAUUGCCAUAUUUCUGAAGGGUGAAGAUGAGGAGGAUGAAGACCAACAGGAUGGCAAUGUGGAGGACGAUCUAUUGAUAUCGGUCGAAUCCCGAAAUGCUGUUUUAGACGUACGAACACGGCCAGAAAUAACAGCAGAGAAGCGCAGGAAGCUGCAUCAGUCAGAACUAGCAGCACAAAUGCACGAAGAAGCAAAGAGACGUUUGGCCGAGUCCAAAGGACAAGUCAAGGAAAGGAAAGUCAAGACAUCGAAUGUUGCAUACAGGCACUUGUCUGUUAUGCCAGUCGAUCCUGAUGUUCAAGAGGCAAAGAUAUUCGUAGAUCGUAAACAUGAAACAGUUGUGCUACCAAUUUCUGGAAUUCCUACUCCAUUUCACGUCUCAUCCAUCAAGAACAUCAGCAAGAAUGACGAAGGUGACUACAGCUACUUGAGAAUAAAUUUCUACUUUCCGGGAAGCACUUUUGGACGAACUGAGGGGACAAACUUUAUCAACCCAGAUGCCACGUUUUUGAAAGAAGUAACAUACCGAAGCAGCUGUGUUCGAAUAGGGCACACAGUACCAGCAGCCAGUAACCUCAGCACUGCAUUUCGUCUCAUCAAAGAAGUACAGAAGAAGUGGAGAACAAGAGAAGCAGAGAGGAAAGAAAUGGAAGGUAUUGUUGAGCAGGCAACCCUGCAGGUUGCUCAUGGCAAAAACGUUCCGAAGUUGAAAGACGUCUACAUAAGACCAAACAUUACGGCUGGAAAGACGAGAUCUCAGGGUGUAGUAGAAGCACAUGUCAAUGGCAUUCGUUUCACUGCCUACAGAGGUCCAACUGUUGAUAUUCUUUAUGCGAACGUAAAACAUGCAUUUUUCCAGCCGUGCGAUAAUGAAAUGAUUAUUCUCAUUCAUUUCCAUCUCAAGCAUCCUAUUCUUCUUGGCAAAAAGAAGCAGCAAGAUAUCCAGUUUUACACUGAGGUCGGCGAGAUUGUUACUGAUCUGGGCCAUAGGCAAACGAUGCAUGAUCGAGAUGAUUUGCAAGCAGAACAGGCUGAAAGGGAAAUGAGAUCAAGACUUAACCACGCAUUCGACUCAUUUAGACGGAAAGUGGAAGCAUUGACUCGACAAGAACUUGAAUUUGAUGUUCCGUUUCGGGAUUUAGGUUUUCAUGGAGUUCCUGUCAGGAGCUCAGUACUGGUACAGCCAACUACACACUGUCUUGUUCACUUGACUGAAAUGCCUUUCUUUGUAAUCGUUCUUGAUGAAAUUGAGCUUGUCCACUUUGAAAGAGUUCAGUUUCAUCUGAAAAACUUCGACAUUGUUUUUGUCUUUAAAGACUACUCACGGAAAGUGGCUAUGGUAUCAAGUGUUCCAAUGAGUUCACUUGAUGCAGUCAAGGAAUGGCUGGAUUCGUGCGACAUUAAAUACACUGAAGGAAUUCAAAGUCUCAACUGGACGAAGAUAAUGAAGACGAUCAAUGAUAAUCCGGAUGAGUUUUUUGAAAACGGUGGCUGGUCGUUUCUCAUCAUGGAGUCAGAUUCUGAAGGAGAGGACGAAGAGGGCGAGGACGCUGCAGCUUAUGAACCGUCUGUAAGUGGUAGUGGCGAAGAAUAUCGGGAGAGUAGCUCAGAUGAUUACUCAAUGUCCGAGGUUGACGAGAUUUCCGAAGAGGGUGAACUAGGCAGUGAUGAAUCAGAAGGCAAAGACUGGGAUGAACUAGAAAAAGAGGCACAGCAUGCUGAUGAUGCGAAACCUGACUGGGAACUCGAUGAAGCAGUGAGAAAGAAAAGCUCACGGAAAAGACACAGCAGCAGUACCCAUGCAAGCAGAAACAAGAGGAGAAAAUGACGUGACUGUUUUUGUACUUAAAAUUGUAUGCAGUAGCGAAGACGUUUCUUUACCUCUUAAUUAGUAUGGCCUUGCUAUAUUGCAGAUGGUGGGUGCGAAUACUUUCUGACUAAUUUCAGAAUUGCAAUAAUGGUCUUAGACUCUAAUGUUACGAGGUUGUUCUGAUGUCAGUUUAAAGUGUA